CCCCGCCUCUCUCUGGAUCAUCAGCGGGAUCUCACCGAGCUGCUCCCCCACACACGAGGCGAUGUUAUCGGCCGCAGACAGAGGAGCGGCCCGGGGAGGCGUUCUCCCCCCGGAGACGGACCCCUCCGCCGGCUCGGUGUCCACCGGGGAGCAGGACGGCCGAGUCCCGGUCCCCAUGAACCUGUUCGCCACCUGGGAGAUCGACCGGUCGUCCCCGAGCUGCGUGCCCAGGCUGUGCAGUCUGACUCUGAAGAGGCUGAUGGUUCUCAGAGAGCUGGACAGAGAGCUCAGCUCUGUGGUCAUCGCCGUGAAGAUCCAGGGCUCAAAGCGGACUCUAAGAUCCAACGAGUAUCUCCUUCCUCCAGACGGUCUGAUGGAGACGGACCUGGAGCUCACCUUCUCCCUGCAGUACCCUCACUUCUUAAAGCGUGACGUGAACCGUCUGCACGUCAUGCUGCAGCGGAGGAAGAGGUACAAGAACAGGACCAUCCUGGGCUACAAGACGCUCGCCGUGGGAGUCAUCAACAUGGCCGAGGUUCUGCAGCAUCCGACAGACCGAGCCCACAUCCUCGGUCUCCAUAGCAACCAGAAGGAUGCCUCUCUGCGUGCGGCGGAGCUGAGCGUCCUCUCUCUCUCCAGCCAGCCAAUCGAGCAGGAGGACACAAGCGGUCACCACGGCAACAAGACCAAGGCCUCAGAUCGCUCCCCAGACAUGGAGAACUACUCUGAGGACGAUGACGACAGCUUCUCCUCCGAACAGGAAGGAAGUGAUGACGCCGUCCAGCCUCAGGACAUGUACGACGACGAUGAAGACGUUCAGAGAAAGACGAAGAAAUCUCACCGCAAAAUGAUCCGAGCGACCUCUCUGACACAGCAACCGAACUUCAAACAAAAGUUUGUGGCUCUGCUGAAAAGAUUCAAAGUCACAGAUGAGGUUCUGGACUCAGAGCGGGGGGGUCAGGGCCGGGAAGUGGAGGAGGACCUGGAUCUCCUCUAUGACAGUCUGGAGGUUUACAACCCGAGCGACAGCGGCCCUGAGCUCGACGACAACGACAGCAUCGUGAGCACGCCGAAACCCAAACUCAGGCCGUUCUUCGAGGAGAGCUCACAGACGGAGAACAGGAGUGAGAACAAUCAGAACCAGCUCAGAGAACAGACGUCAGCUGCUGCAGAGCUGCUGUCUCCUGGAGGGGUGGGGCCACAUGUCCACGAGGAGUCCAGAGGAGAGGAGGCGGGCCCCGGGGAAGUGGAGGAGGAUGUUACCAUGGGAACAGAUGCAGGUCCAGCUGCAAAACUCUGCAAAACGGAGUCUCAGACCCACAUUUCACCAAGUAAAACAGGAAGUCAGCUGUCUCGCCAUCACUGGAGCGGCUCCAUGAAGGACAGACAGAACUCCAGAGGGACGGACAGGACGAGCAGCGUGGAGAGUGAGACGUCGUCUGAUUAUAGGAUCCCUCCUCCACAGGUUGCCAGGAAGUCAGUCCUGGAUCAGCUGAACCACAUCCUGUUCUCUGACGAUCAGAUCCCAGAUUCAAUCAUCCUGAUCAACACCACUGACUGGCAGGGUCAGUUCCUGUCAGAGCUUCUCUUCGAUCAGCCAAUCGUGUGCACCGUCUCAUCAGCUGAUGUUCAGGCCGCCUUCAGCGCCAUCCUGAGCCGGAUCCAGAGAUUCUGUAACUGUAACUCCCAGACUCCGCCCACAGUGAAGGUCGCAGUGGGCGGGGACCAAAGUUACCUCAGCACCGCCCUCUGCUGCUUCGUGGAGCAGCUGGCCAGCAAGACACCUGAUUGGCUGAACUACCUCCGCUUCCUCAUCAUCCCAGUCGGGUCCCACCCGCUUGCCAAGUAUCUGGCUGCUCUUGACAGUAAAUUCAACAGCCUGUUCAUGGACGCCGCGUGGAGGGAGCUGUUCGCUCGGGUGGAGCCGCCUCCUCUCGAUCCGGUCGGGGUUGCAGGCCGGGUGUCUCAGUACCUAAACGGAGCUGCUGUUUCUCACCUGUGCCCGAUCUCUGAGGCCAUGCUCACCUGUAAACACAAGAGCCCUGAUGAUGACUCCUGUCAGAAGUUUGUUCCUUUUAUCGGGCUGGUGAAGGUCGGCAUCGUAGAGCAGAACUUCCUGUCCACAUCAGUCGACUCUGAUGAUGUCAUCCUGGGGUCUCCUCCCUCCCAACCUGGACCAAUCAGCAUCACGUCGACGCCUCCCCCCUCUCCGUCCAUCAGCUGUCCCACAGAGGUGAUGGGUCUGCAGGUGGACUACUGGAGCUGUCAGGGAGGAGGAGGAGGAGGAGGGGACAGGAAGAAGGAGGUGGGGAUGAAGAACACACUGAAGAGUAACUUCAGAGCUCUGCAGGUGUCGAGGAUCAGUGGAGGAGAACUGAUGAGCAUGACGGUGGUGACCAAGGAGAAGAACAAGAAAGUUAUGUUUCUCAGUAAGAAGACUAAGGAGAAGGAGGCGGAGUCAAGGAGUCAGCUGAUUGAAGGAAUCAGUCGACUGAUCUGCACCUCCAAACACCAACACACACUAAGAGUCUCCAUUGACGGGGUCGAGUGGAAUGAUGUGAAGUUUUUCCAGCUGGCGGCUCAGUGGCCGACUCACGUCAAACACUUUCCUGUGGGGAUCUUCAGCUACAACAAACCCUGAACCCCCCCUUUUUCCGUCAUUCUGUUGGAAUAGAAAUAUUUCUACUGUGUAAGUUAUUUCUAAUAAUUUCUAUGAAUUCUGGAUAUUUAUUACUGUAAAUACUGCACACAGCCUCGUGUGUUUGUCUGAAAAUAUUUAUAAUGAUGACGUUAAAGCUAAUGAUGCUAACUUAUUUCAAAGUAGUUGUCAAUGACUUUAUUUCUGGAACUCAAAAACUGCCGUUGGAUGUUUGUGGAGCUGCUAAAAACUGUCUGAGCCAACAAAACUCUGUGGAGUGACUGUUAGAAUCUUCUGUAAAUGAACCAAACAUCCCAGUGAGCAUUUUCAUGUUCAGUCGAUGUUUCGAGGACGUUGACGGCUAACAUCGAAAAGACAAUCAGACUGGUUCCAAAGCAGUUUGAAGUUAACGUGAUACUUCUGCUCGACGUAGAGAAUUAGCUCUGUGAUGAAACUCUAUAAACCCAGUUAUCUUCUUAAUAUCGGCCCUCAUAACAGCCAAUGGGCAGGAGGAGGCCAGCCCCCCUUACUGGUGUUUAGUUCGGUUUUCUAAAAAACCACGUAAAACCAAACUACCAAACAUCCGAUAUUUAUGAUUCCACAUCAGGGAGGCUCUGACUGGAUCAGGAGCAGUAAAACAAUGGUGUUGACACCACAGAUUGAGGAAAAUCUGGACAAAUAAUCAGUUGUGACCAGCCAUGAACCACUGCAUGGGACAUGGUCAACUCUGUGUGCAAACAGCUGCUGUUCUGUAUAGGGUGUUAGCACGUUAGCCAUGGUAGUUUUGUGCCGUGAUCGAGCAUGGUCUGCAUUCACAUCUGGGCACGAUUGCCUAUAAACAGUCUGGUAAAGUAGGAGACGGUAUGAACGUAGUCGGUUUGAAAAUCCACCAAGACGAAGAAAGAAGAAGAGACAACCAUGAGGACAAAGGAGUCUAUCCUGUUUCUAUGUAUGUUUUAUAAUUUCUGAGAUGCCAGCAAUGAGCCUCAUCCUACUUCCACACCUAUCUAUGGCUCAGAGGAGGAGAUGGUCCCGUGCUCCACAGAUACGACAGUUUUUGCAGAAAGUUGACUUUAUAACUUUGCCCAUACUCGAGCACGGUUGAAUUCACAUCUCGAGUACAGAAAUCCUGCCUGAGACGCCUCUUUAAACAGGCUUGGACACAAUGCCUGACUAAGGUAUGCCCUUGCUCUCACUGACCCAAUGAACAGGUUUUAUUCUGACCUGGGCUCGGAUGCCUGAUGUGAAACCAUCUGAUGACAUCUUAAUCCCACAUAUGUGAAAACAGGACGCAGCCCAAAGUAGUGGUUCUCAACUGGUCCAGGGUCCAGCACCACCCCCACAGCAGAAAUUGUGACCUAAAUUUUAUUCAACAUAUUUUACUACUCAAAUUUAUAAAGUCAAAAUGGAAAAAAAACCCCAUGACUGAACAAGGAGAAGGGUUAAACAUGUUCAAAAGCCCAUCAUUAAAAACAAACAUUUGAUUUUAUUCAGUUUUCCUGAGAUAGGUUGGAAAUGUCUCAAGGAAUUUUCUCAUUAUCUCGAUAAUAAGAGCUAUAAAAUUUUCCUAUGCCACAUACCAAAACCACAACAUGUAGUCGUGGAAACAUAAAAAAUUAAUGUUUUUAUGUAAAUAUAUGAAGACUUGUAUUUCUUAAAUUCUUGCU